ACAGAGCUCUGCUCUCAGGUGUUCAGCAACACUGUUCAGCUUGAACUCUUGGUGGCAUUGGUCUGAUUCCUGGUCUUUCUACUAACUGCUUUGCUCCAGGUGUUGUGACUGUAUGGUUAGGUUUAUCCUGCUUGCAAAUGAACAGUUCCACAAAGUUCAUCAUUGAAAUUCACCAUAAACCUUCAGUCACUCUGCUAAAACUUCACAGAGUCAAUAUCAACUACCUUGAAUGAAAGGAAAAGGCCUUAUGUUAGAACAAGGUGCUCACACAAAAGACCAGGAGAUCGGGCUGUUGAUAUCAAGGGCUUCUGCUCCUUAGACCCCUCCAUUUUCCUUUAGGUCCAUUUCCAGAGCCUCAGCCUAUAUGGGACAGAGAAGCUCUGCUCACAGAGUAUGCGGUGCUUUUGAGAACCUUCUCAGGGCAUGACAUAGGUGACUUCAUGCAGCCCAGGGAUUCCACAAAGAGCAUCAAAGAGAGACUAAUGUACCUUUGCUGCUUGUGUUGUCUUGAGCUCAUGCCAAAAGAUUACGUAGCUAAUGACACUGAUUAUUUAAUAUUAAUUUGUUUCAAAAACAGUACUUGCAGUUUAUUACAAACCAGGACCUAUGAAUGGAAUAUCAAAAAGAGUGUGUUGUCUUUAAACCAUGGGGUCCAAAACCUAGCUGUGUAGGGGUUCUCAAAGUACGUGUGAUGGCCUGCAGUUUCAGCUUUGUUUAUUUAGAUAAUGGAUACUUCUUUGCUGAAAUGUGAUGCCUGUUUGGAAGGCCUGCAAGACAAGAUCUUUAGUCACCAGAAGGACUUCUGCAGCUAUGUAUUAGUGCUCAGAUUGCAAGUAAAACUUGUCAGGCCAUCUCAUGUCACAUAUGGACCUGCCGUUCAGGGAUGAUGAAUAACCUUAUCAGAAAGAGCCUCUCUUCUGCAUCAGAAGGCGCUUGAUUAUUGGCUCUGGUUCUGUAAGCUCCAGAAUCAUCUGUCAUUAGUCUACCUGUCUACAGGGUUGAAUAAAUCAGACUGCCAGAUUGUGUCCGGGAGAUCUGGUCAAACAAUGUUGAUGUGUGAUCUAGGAGUUCCUAACCUUGAUCUCUUCAGCUCAUGACACAGCAGAAGGUUGCCUGCUGCUUUCCUCCUAGGGACAGCCUGAGUCCUAGGCUGUGUCCCGAUUUCUUCGAGUUGAGGUAUUCUUGCUUCUAACAAAUAUCCUAUUUAAUUUCAUCUUCCAAAGAAUACUUGUUUUUCAUUGCCAAGAUACUCACUUCCAUGAAUUUCCUGGGACAAGCCAUGCAGACUCUCCAGAUCUCUUUUUCUGCAGAAGCUGUCGCUGUGUAAGGGGCUCUGCAUAGUUCUGAUGCUGUGUAGCAUCCAUAUUGGCGAGAAGCGUGUUGUCACAAUGACGGGAGGUUCUUAGAAUGAGCAAGAAAGAGUCUGCUAGAUGUACUCAUCUGGCUAACUAGGUAUGGUUAGUUAUCUUCCUGAUGCUCUUCUGGAGCUUCGUAAGUCUCUGUGCUUCUUGUCUUGGACUAUCUGCAUGAAAUGGAGCAAUUCAGAUUAUCCAUUAGCUCUAUUAAAUUUUAUUUAGGGGCAGGUCUUGCUUACCUUUCCAGGGGAAAUUUCUUGAUAUUUUUCAGCUCUGCUUCAGCCAGUGUUGUAAGGCAUGUAAGGAAGAUAGCAUCUCCAGGAUGACAAGUGGGCUUCAUCUUUUGACGUUUACAGGACUAAGUCUCGCUCCCUAAGAUUGCUCCUCUCCAGUGUUGAGAGGUCCGAGCGUAUUUACCUCUGCACAAGCGGUGUUGAACUGGAUAACAGAUUUUUAUGAGCUUACGCUAUGAAACUGCCGAAUUAAGAGUUGUCUGAGGAAUCUGAGCGAGGCCAUUAGAGCUCAAGUUUUGUUGGUGGCCUUAUCUAAAAAACGGGCCCAUCUUUCACAUCAGUGGGCAACUAAUGAUGGGGGCUGUCACCAGUCACUGCGCUGCUGGGAAAUUUUCAGGAAACCAUGCUCUAUUUGGCAGGGUGGUAUUCCCGUCGCUGUGGAAGUCUCUAAUUUGCUUCAAGGUAACUGUGUUUUGUGGGGACUACUGGGGGGAGUCUCCCAGAGUUGAAGGUGAACAUAUGAAUUAUCACUCAAAACUCUGGUUACUGGUAAGUAGCUCCUAAUUGUAUACUUUUCAGUGUGUGUGGUGUGUCUGGACACAUCAUGCAACUGUAUCAGAAAAUACCUUAUUUUGCGGACGAAUAGGCAGGUUGAAGGAGAUGUCUUUUUUCCUGAAGGAACAGGUUAACACUGAGGUGUAAUCUGUAGCUGAGAUGCACAUCACAAUCGAGGAGAGGAGUGGAAAGGUGCCUUUUAAAAUAUCUCUCCUUUCUCUGUCUUAACCUAACUUUUUGUUGGGUAGAAUACUAAAGUAUAGUAGAGAGUUUGACACCAACUUUAAAUUUUUCUGGGUGCUGUUGACUCUCAGAGGUUGCUAUUUGCUGGGUAUCAAGGUAAGUCCUAUCUAUGCCACUAUGUCAGCUUUUAUCACCAGCAGGGGAGCUUUCACCAACAGUCCUCUCAAAGGUGGCAUGUUUUAGUGCCAGUAAUUUGCUAUAAUAAAACUUCAGCAGAUCCUGCCUUUGAAUAAAGUUUCAGUAGGUCCUGCCUUUGAAUGGGAAUCUUUUUUUUUUUUUUUUUAAACAUACAACAGAACAUAUUUCAGAACAUGUCUGCUCUUAAAAACUCUAGCAAAAAUUCGAUAGCACAUUAAGUUUUUAUAACCUGUUGAGUACAUGUAACUGAAAUUAAAUGUGAAUUGACAGGAUGUUUUUCCCAUGUAAUUGUAUUUCUGUAUAAACCAAAAAGAAUCCUGAAUUGGCUUCUGUUUCUUCAUUGGUAAACAGAUUUUUAAUGGAUUCAGGUUCCUGUUCUGCGAUCUGACAUCAGGGAAUGUCUCCUGAAGCACCAAUAAAUGUGCUUUUGUUUAUUCAUGUUUGCUAGAAAGCGAGAAAGCAGAAAGGCUAUAUCAAAUUGAAUGGUGGGUAGAACAGCUAAGUAAAAGAACCUCAACCAUUAUCAUAAGGGAGGGUAGUAUCUACAUUUUCCUUUACAAGUAGGUGCCUGUGAAAUGGAUCCAUUCCUGGAACCUGUUUGCUUUUCAAAACCUGUUGUACACACUGGUGACAUCGGAACCAGAGUGUCCUAAUGACUUCUCAAUUGAUGAACCCCUCUGUUAUUAAGUAACUGUCUUACUGAUGUUUUAAUUUAGUAGAUUUUAUCCAGUAUUCAUCCCCCCCAGUGGAAAACAAAGCUUGUUUCACUGCAGUUUGGAUGCAGUGCUGUGUAUUUGGCCUUGUGUCACUAGUGGGAAGUAGGCUUCGAGCUGUCUGUCGUGUUAGGUGAAGCCUCUUUCUUUCAGCUGAUGCUAACUUGGGAACUUUGUAAGAAAUUAAACCUCAUUUAUAAUUUGUGUGGCAGCCUCCUAAGUUAUCUUUGGCAAUGCAGGUUUUAAUUAGGUGGGAGAGGACUUUGAUUCUCUUUUGUCCAUUAUUACUGCUUGACGUGUUCCAGGAAAACAAUGUUUGGUUCUUGUCAUGUACAUUAGCACAAGAGGUUUCAGCUGUUUCAAACCUUUAAGUUACUGAUUUGGUGGGGGAGAGGCAUUGUUUGGUUUUGGGGUUUUGGUUUUUUUUCUUUUUUUCUCCUGUCAGUAUUGGGGGUGAACAGUAAAUUUAAAAUUACUGAGAACAGACUACAUUUUCUUUGCUGUGUUUUGUGAAUUCUUUUAGAAGUAGUUUGUGCUAUUUUCCAGUUUAUGGCACUGAGGUUCAAAAGUGUUAUUUUGGUAACUCACAUCUGGUUUGUUCAUUAUGGUAAGACUUGCAGUGAGAAGACUUUUCAUCAAGUACCUUUUUCAUGUUUACCGUAUACUGGUUAGUGAAAACUUGGAUAAAGUACAGGAAACCAAGCAGGGAGCAAAAAAGCAGGGGAAUCUGUUAACCUGUUUCUCAGAAAGUGAUGGUGUCCUGCUGUUUCAGGUCACCGUAUAGAAGGAGGACUUAGAACAACCCUUGUAUGUUGCUAGCUUUGAAUAGUGCAUAUUAAAAUACAUCAUUUAGAUUUUGAUACCAAAAGAAUCUGAAUACAUGUGGUCUUCUCUUUUAGCCAGUGUAUCUUAAGGUUAGUUUUAUAAACAUUUAAAGAUGCUAAUUUUGUUCCUUCUUUAUCCAAUUCCUAUUUCUGUCAAAAAAACCCACAACAAUGAAGAUGAGUUGAAGCAAACAGAAAAUUUGAAAUAGUUUUGGCCAGUUUUCUCAUCAUAUUUGAAAAAGGGCUUUUGUGUGUACACAUACAGAUGCAUAAAGAAAGUGAUGUAAUUGCUUAAGUAUUUGUGUAGUUCAUGUUUCUGACUAGUAAAGAAAGUUUUUUACACUAAAUUUGGUAAUAAAUCUGUGUACUUGAAAGCCAGCAUGUUUUAUAGUUCUCAACCUAUGAAAAUCAACAUUUCUUCAGGAAAACAGUAAAAGCACAAAUGCAAUACAGAAUUAAAAGCUUUCAAAUACAGUUCACAAACUAAAAUGAGAAGUUUCAAAUGGCAGUGAUUUUAAAUCAGACUGUUCUGCAUGUCAUAAAUUGAAUUAACCAAAUGUUGAAGUUCUUCAAGGCUUUACACAGUUGUUGCUGUCUUGUCAUACUGUUGUGCAUCAAAAUAGAAAUCGACUCCACAUCUUGACCUCUUGCUUUGCACUUGCCCACCUGAUUUCUCUUCCCAAAAUAGCAAUAAUAAGGUGAAAUCAUGUCUGGGGAAAGCUGAAGACUCUAGGCCGUAUUAUGUUGCAGAGUGAUGGAGAAACUGCUAUGUAUGCUAACUACUAAACCCGACUGGGUUUUUUUCCUUGGCCCUGAAGCCAGCUGGCACUGAAUGAAAGUCUCUGACCUCCCAAACCAGAACAGACACGUCCCAACUGCCUGCUAAGUCCCAGGUCUGUGCUGACACCUGAAACAUGCUUGGGAGCAGCCCAGAGUAGUGCUGGGUGGCCUGGGUCAGUGCUGCUCGGUAAUGGCGAGAUGGUGGAGUCCUUCGGCACCGCUGCCCGUAGGAGCGUGGGCUUGGCCUCAGCAGCCUAGGUAACUCCCCAAGAGGGUAGCCAGGAGGGGAACGAAUGGUGCCACUGCCUAAAGUCACUGUCUGUCUUCUGUGUCACCUUUUUGGUCACCUUUUCAGGUGCCAGUUGAUAUAGCUGCAUUCAUUUCUUUGAACGCCUUGUAAAAUAGUAAGACAGUUGCUAUCUCGGGGGCAGGUUGUACAGAAGAGAUUUGGAGGAAUUUGUUACCUUGAGCUCCAAACCAGUGCUUCAGUUUCUCAAUAGUGAGAGAAUAAAGAAAAAAGCUAGAAUACUGAACAUCCUUUUCAGUGCAGAAUCCCUGAGAAAAAGAUAACUGAUAAGUGCUUUAACAGGUACAAAAGUUUAUUACAAGCUAAUUGUGUUAGCUGGAGCAUGUAAAAAAAAAAAAUCCUGAAUGUCCAAGAUUUUAGGACAGAGAUAUAGCCACUCCAGUAAAAAUAAAUCUCAUCCGAUCUAAUCAAGUAAAAACUGAAUGUGUAGGAGGUUCCAAUUCAGUUGAAUUUGUAGAGGUGCUCUUUAGUAUUGCUACACUUCCAUAAAGAGAAGUUGACAAUUUCUUUAACUGUUUGAAUUUUUUUUUUUUUGGCAUUCAGUUAUGUGCAAACCUGCCUCUUACAUUAUUGCUGGAACAAUUUAAUCUUCUAAAGCUUUUGGUGGGUUUAUUUUAGUGAAAUUUCAUGAACUUUUUCCAAGGUAUUAUGUAUUUAGGUAAAAAAGUGAUACCAGAAUUACCAAAAUACUUCUUUAUUAUUGCUAGUGUGAUUUAACAGCUGGAAACAAAGGGAGCGGCACCGUGAGGCUGUGCAGUGCUUUGAAGGUUAGUGGUUAUCUUGAACCACCAUUCUUAAAACUCUUGUUUUAAGAUGUAGACAGGUUUUUUCUGACAAUUGAAGGAAUUUGGAUUCUGGAUGGAAAGAUGAAUCGAGGGGAGGAAGAAACACUUUUUUCUUACUUUCGGGUGAAAAUAGUAUGAGAAAUUACCUUUUAAUACUUUGUGUAUGAAAUAUGUAUAUAUGAAUAGAUGUAUUGGGGAGCUAGGAGUGGCAGGGCCAGCUUAAAUGUUGGGUUAAGUGUGCAUUAGCCACUCUUUUACUCUCAACUGGUGUCAGAAAGUUGACUUCCUAGGAUCAAAAUCUUAAAAAAAAAAACCUCAACACACACACACACCCUGUCCCCCCAAAAAACCCAAAAGAGGGACACUCUCUUCUAAACUAAAAGUUUGAAUAUCAGAAAGGUAUCGUGAAAAAGGAAAAAACCCAAAUACUUAAUUUGGCAAGAAAAGAUUGUGAAAGUAGAAAACCAGGUUAUGCCCAAUAAUCCCCCCUGUUCCCAAAGUUGAUCUUGUCUUGUUUAAAGCCCCCCAAAAUGCAUUUGCAACUGAAUUUUUCGUAGCCGUACACAUGUAGUUUUUGUACCGACUUGAAUGUAAGUGAUCUCAAAACAAAGGUGAUCUACAGUUUUUGCAGUUUAAAAACAAAAUUUGACAAAAGUACAUAAAAUAUGAGCUUGCAUUCUUCUCUGCAUGACCCAACACCCCACAAUGUUAUGUACAGCUUCUCUUGUUGUACAUUUUUGUAGUGUGAUGCUGUCUUCCUUGCAAUCAAGCAAUUAUUUACAUGAAUGUGUAAGCACUAAGCACGAGGUCCCUUUGCAAGCAGGAUCCACUCUAAUUGCUCUUUUUGUGUCUACCGAAAGCCAGCUCCGUCCGCUGGGCUGCGUGUGUCCUGCUUGGUAAGGAUGGUUGGGGUUACGUUCCUGGCUGGCCACCCGAGUGGCACCGGCUGCUUUAAGCUGGUGUCCUCUGAAGCGGACGGGCUGUAGUCAUCUAUUCCAUAUUGCACUCGGCUGCGAGCGUCGACUAGGUCUUCUGUGCUGCUCCUGUGACCUCGGGGAAUGAAUUUUUCUGUGUUUCUUUUAACUUUGGAGCAUUUCAAACAGCCUACACGGGCGGUGCUUUUAUAGCUUGAAAACAAGGGUUGUGUGUUGAGUGGCAUGAGGAUAUAUCCGUUGGGAGUGGAAAGCCUGUUGAGGAGUUGUUAACUGGCUGGGAAAGGCAGAGGGAGUCGUGCUUGGUGGAGUCUUACCUGUACUGUCACUGGGAACAGUUCCUGGAGUGAAGCAUUCCCAAAACUGUGCCCAGGCUUUGCUGUUGGGAGCAGCGUAGGGGGCUGCUCUCUGGUCUUCUGUGUGUAGCAGGUUGGGUGUACACGGGAGGUACAAAUGACCAGAAGGAACUGUAUGCCAUUAUAGACAUACCUACCUGGUAGACUGCUGUGCCUUGUUGAAUUCUUGCAAAGCUGGUCCUGGAGCUUCACGUAAAGCUGGUUGUGGAGCUUCCGUACCAUCAGGUCCUAGCGCUGUUGCUGCCUGCUCAGUGAGGAUACAUGACACGGCACCAAAAAUGUUUCUCAUGAUUUUGAGGGACCAUGUGGUGAAUGUGCAGUUAUGCAGUGAUACUUCUUUUCCUUUCUCAGAUUUGAAGGCAUAUAUUAUUUAGAGAUUAUAAUGAGCCUGUACAAUGCCCAAAAUGCAUGUGGACACCAUCUGGUACCUGUGCAGUUCUCCAGUGCAAUCGUUAACGAUGUGUUUUACCAUUCGUUGACUUUCCUUUGUCUCGCUUAACAGCCUUGCAUGACACCUAUAUAGAAAAAUACACAUCUUUUCCCUAAGAAACAGGCAAGGAUAUAAUUUAAGUAAUGUCUUUUAUAUUUUGACUUACUUUAAAUUGCAUUUAUUGUCAGAUGAGUUCUUGUCUUAGAAACUUGUCAUAUCUCUCCUUGAACAUCAUUUUGUAGUUAAUUUCUUCGCAAAAAUACAGAGAAAGCAUACUAGGCUUCUGAAAUCUUACAGUAAUAUUUUUCUAAAGGAUGAACCAUUUCCUCCAGCUUAAAAUAUUAAGCCAGCAUUGCUUCAGCUUGCUUUGCAAGGCUUAACUAUAUCUGCAGUUAUGUAAGUUUCAGUUAUGUGAUAUUUCAUGGGCAUCUAUUUAAACAUACAACUAUUAUUUUUAGUUGAAAUAUAGACUAUAUAAAGACUUAAAAGAUGUGGGAUCAAGGUGGACAACCUUGGCAGCAAUGGCCUUUGAACCAACAGCAGUGGAUGCAGUCAUUUCAGCACCAGCAAGAUCCAAGUCAGAUUGACUGGGCUGCAUUAGCUCAAGCAUGGAUUGCUCAGCGAGAAGCCUCAGGGCAACAGAGCGUAGUGGAACAACAAGGAAUGAUGCCAAACGGACAGGAUAUUUCAGGAAUAGAGUCUGGUCCAAACAACCAUAAUAAUUUUCAGGGGGAUCCCAACUUCAACAGAAUGUGGCAGCCAGAAUGGGGAAUGCCUCACCAACCCCCUCACCCACCUCCAGAUCAGCAGUGGAUGGCUCCAACCCCCGGUCAAAUGGAAAUCGUUCCUCCAUCUGAAGACAGCAACAGUCAGGACAGUGGGGAAUUUGCUCCUGACAACAGGCAUAUAUUUAACCAGAACAAUCACAACUUUGGGGGACCUCCCGAUAACUUUGCAAUGGGGCCAGUGAACCAGUUUGACUAUCAGCAUGGGGCUGCUUUUGGUCCACCUCAAGGUGGAUUUCAUCCACCUUAUUGGCAGCCAGGACCACCAGGGCCGCCAGGUCCACCAGCACCUCCUGCACCUCCUCAAAAUCGAAGGGAAAGACCCUCAUUCAGAGACCGACAGCGUUCACCUAUUGCGAUGCCUGUGAAGCAGGAGCCUCCACAGAUUGAUGCUGUGAAGCGUAGAACUCUGCCUGCCUGGAUUCGUGAGGGCCUGGAAAAGAUGGAACGAGAAAAACAGAAAAAAUUGGAAAAAGAGAGGAUGGAGCAGCAACGUUCACAGAUGUCUAAAAAAGAGAAAAAGGAAAGUGAGGAGGCUGAAGAAGGGGAUGGCCCACGGUUACCUCAGAAAAGUAAAUUUGACAGUGAUGAGGAAGAUGAAGAUGCUGAAAACACAGAAGCUGUAAGCGUUGGGAAAAUCAGCAGGAGUCCAUCACCAGCUCCUCAAGAGGAGCAAAGUGAACCAGAAAUGACAGAAGAAGAAAAGGAGUAUCAAAUGAUGAUGCUGACAAAAAUGCUGCUGACAGAGAUUCUCUUAGAUGUCACAAAUGAAGAAAUUUAUUACGUGGCCAAAGAGGUUCACCGUAAAGCAACUAAAGCUCCUGCAAAACAGCUGGCACAGUCCAGUGCACUGGCUUCCCUCACUGGACUCGGUGGACUGGGUGGUUAUGGAUCAGGAGACAGUGAAGAUGAGAGGAGUGACAGAGGCUCUGAAUCAUCUGAUACUGAUGAUGAGGAAUUACGACACAGAAUCAGGCAAAAACAGGAAGCGUUUUGGAGAAAAGAGAGAGAACAGCAACUACUACUAGAAAAACAGCUAGAAGAAGAAAAGCUACAAAAUGAAAAAGUUUCAAAAGAGAUGAAUGAAUUUAUCAGCAAAGAACAAAACAGUAACAUGGCAUCACAGGAGGCAAAAGAUCUUGAAGCAGAUAUGGUUCAUGAAAAGAAAAGAUCUCCAAAUGCAGUCGCACCUGAUAUAGAACUCAAAAAAGAGGGUAAAGAGAGGACAGGGAGGAGCGGGUCAAGAAGCUCUAGCAGUGGUAGCACUAGCAGCAAUAGCAGAAGCAGUAGCAGUAGCAGCACUGUAUCUAGUUCAUCCUAUAGCACUAGCUCAGGUAGUAGUCGCAGCUCUUCGCGUUCUUCCUCUCCUAAAAGGAAGAAGAGGCACAGUCGCAGUAGGACGCCGUCACAUAAAGUUAGGCGCAGUAGGAGCAGGAGUUACUCCCACAGGAAUAGGAGGGAGAGGAGUAGGAGCAGGGAGAAAAUAAGGGAAAGGAGAAGAUCAAGUAGAAAUCGCAGUGCUGAAAGAGGGGAGAGGCGAAGAAAUCUGAGUCCUUCGAGAGAGAGAAGCUGGGAUAGACGUAGAAGUAGCAGCCGUUCAAGAGACAGGCGAGCCAACCGUGCGAGCCGCAGCAGAAGCAGGGAUAGACGUAAAACUGAAGAGCAGCGUAGAAGCCCUACUGGAAAUAGGCACAAACAUAAAAGUGAGGGUAAAGAUCAAGAAAGGAAGAAGGAGCAGGGCGGAGGUAUAGAUAAAGACAGGAAAAAGAACAGAGAAAGGGAGAGAGAUCAGGAAAAAAGAAAAGAAAAGCCCAAAAAAGAGGAGAAGGAAAGUAAGGCUGGCAAUCAUGACGACAGUAGGUUAAAGAGAAAAAGAGACAGCGAAAGAACUUUCUCUCGCAGUGAUUCAAUAUGUGUGAAAAUAAUAAGGCAGGAUUCCAGACAAGAAAGCAAAAAAAUUUGUACCAAAGAUAGCAAAAAACGGUCAGGCUCCGAAUCUAGUGCAAGGAGUAGUUCUGAAUCACCAGGAAGCAGUAAAGAAAAGAAGGCUAAGAAAUCGAAGCAUAUUCGGUCAUGCUCCAUGGAGAAAUCUCAAAGGUCUGGUAAGAAGGCAAGCCGCAAACACAAGUCUAAGUCACGAUCAAGAUCAACGACUCCUCUUCGUCGUAAACGCUGAGGAAUUUAUGGCACCAGUGCUAUGAUGUUUAAAAAUUCCAUGAGUUAUAAAAGGCUUGUCUCAUUAUAGAGGCACAUUGUGGCUAUGUAGGUGAAACCAGAAUCCUUUUUUUAUCUGUAAAUAGGUGUAUUUUUUCCAAAUGCUGCUCAGAAUUAAAUACCUAAUAGGAUUUCUUUGUAUUACAUUUUUUCAAGAACGGUAGUGCUUACUAAGAAUAUAAACCAGGCCAUUCUCUUUCAGCUGUAAUGUUCUUAAAAUUACUAUUGAAUGUACUGUGAUGUCAAUAAAGCUCUUUAGUUCAUUUUUUGUUUAAAAUUCUUGCACCUGAAUUUUGUGUUAAAUUGUAGGAAGUACUUUUUUUUAAAAAAAAAA